AUGUCGAAACGCGGCCGCGAGGAGGAUGAGGCGGUUGAGGUGUACGCGGCGCUACUGCGGCAGAGUGGAGCCCGUGCGGUGGAGCGGAUUCGGCAGCGGCGGGGCGGCAGUGUUUUGCCUAUUGACGCCCUCGUCAUACGGUACGCAAUAUGGUACCUCGACACACGGGCCUUCCCGGUUUCUAGUUACCUCACCCAGGCGCAGCGCGUCGUCUCGGAGGCCAUUGAGCGGGUCUCGCAGCCGCAGCACUAUGCCUUUGUGCCCCUUCCGGCUCUCGUCGAGUCCCUCGUGGCGGAGAACACGGCGGACGUCAUGCAGCAGACAGUUGCCCAAAUUGAAGAGUUCAUCGACGCUCGGGAUGCGUUGGGGCGGUGGCUUGACGAGAACACCGGCGGCGGCGACUACGCGGUCAACAACGAGGACGACUACUUGGACACCGCUGUUGACUUGGCCGCCACCCUCUGGAGAAGUGCCCUUUUCUGGGUUGCCGUCCUCGAGUACAUUGAGGCGCUCUCGCUUAGCAGCGCCAAGGUAAACGCCUUUGCGCUGCGCCCAAAGUACGAGCACGCCCUCAUGGAGCUUCUCAACUUUAUUGCUGCCCCACGUGUCGCGGGGCACUGGCGUCCGAUCGAGCCGGCAACGAAUCCUACGCUGGCGGGGCCCGCCGACCCCCUGGCGAAGGGCGAGGAGGUCAAGAAGGAGGCAGCGGAAGCGGCGGCCGUUGCUGCCCCGCCGCCAGAGAGUCACCAGGAUGCUGAAUCCACGCGUGCAUUUGUCGUGAGCAGGCUGCUGGCUGACCUAACGGCGCUGACCAACAUCCCCAGCGACAGCCCCGCGGCUGCCGGCAUCAAUGCCACCUUCUACUCCAUGGUGCACGCCCGGUUGAAUGUCUUGGCGGCGUGCGAUCGCCUGGACCGAUUUAGCACCUCCGCUGCGGUUCCACCGCCGCCGUUGACGCCGUCGCUGCAGGCGCUGCAGGCGCAGCGAGACGCCGUCGCGCAGGGACGCCUGCUCCGGGAGGCAGAACGCAUGAACCGCGACGACAUUGGCGUCCCACUGGACUUUGUACCAAACGAGUCCUACAUGCGGGCCGCGUUGGAGAAGAACAACGACACCCUGGGCGAGGACGAGGAGCUCUUCAAGGACGAGAUUGUGGACUACUACAAAAAUCACCCACAGUCAGUAGCCGCGAAGCGACGAGGCAACGCAGUACUCACGGAGAAGGCGAAACCCGUCGAGGAGCCGGUGGCGCUGGUAAAGCCACACCGCUUCUGUAAGGUGAAGACGGGCUACACAUGGACCCAGUACAACCGCACGCACUACGACGCACGUACAAAUCCUCCACCGAGGAGUGUACUCUGGUACGAGUUUACGCUCUUUUAUCCUGCGCUGGCUGACACAAAGCGAGACAUGAGCCGCAUUUACCACAUUGAGAACACAAUGAAGGGUCCAAACGAUGACUACUGCAUCUUAGUUUUCUCCGUGGGUCCACCGUACGCGGAUGUCGCGUACCAAAUUGUGCGAAAGCAGUGGGACCCACGGCCCGGUGGCGUCAGGGCGAGCUUUGACAGCACAGGCACCUACAGGUUGUUUUUCCGCUUCACGAAUAGCAACUACCGGCGUUGA